AGAGAAUCCCUUCCUCCUCCCGCUUUAAUGACUUAUCCCCGGGUUGAUUGAUUUAAUUUAUUGUUAUUGUUGCGGUUCGGGUGUCGAAAACCCGGAGAAAGAGCAGAAAAUAUUCAACAAAGUGAAAUCCUCAGCAGGUCCUUGUUUUACCAGUUGUGAAAUGGAGCCAAGUGGUGAUGCAGGAGGUGCAACCAUUGCAGGUACAACAGAUGAGAGUUACUUCAUGAGCUAUACCUUCACAGACAGAUUCCACUCUGUACGAGUUGCUCAGAGUAUCAUGGAUCUGUGCCUUGAAGACAGGCUGUUUGCAGAUGUCACGAUCUCCGUGGAAGGGAAAGAAUUCCAGCUCCACCGGCUAGUGCUGUCUGCUCAGAGCUGCUUCUUCCGUUCCAUGUUCACCUCAAAUUUAAAGGAGGCUCACAAUGAUGUUAUAGAACUCAAAGAUGUGAAUGCAAGUGUUUUCCAGCUUCUUGUGGAUUAUAUUUACCGGGGCACUGUAAAGUUGAGAGUGGAGGAUCUCCAGGAGACAUAUGAGGUGGCAGAUAUGUACCAGCUGACCUCACUUUUUGAAGAGUGCUCUCGAUUCCUGGCUCGGACAGUUGACAUCAGGAACUGUUUACAGGUCAUGUGGUUAGCAGAUCAGCACAGUGACCAGAAACUAUACACAGCAGCAAAACAAUGUGCAAAAACGCACCUGUCACAGCUUCACAAAACAGAAGAUUUUGUGAAACUACCUGUAAGAUUGUUCACAGACAUCAUUAAAGAUGGUGUUCCCAGCUCUCAGAAGCCUGCCAAAGCCAUAGAGACUUGGAUAGAUCAUAACAAGGAAGAGCGAGCACGAUACUCUGAGAAUCUGACAUCCAGUUUAAAGGAAAUUGGCGAGAUUGUUCAUAUUUAUCUGAUUGGAAAGGAAGACACACGGACCCACUCCCUGGCAGUUUCCUUGCAUUGUGAUGAUGAUGCCAUUAGUGUCAGUGGGCAAAAUAGAUUGCGUCAGCAAAUCACAGCGGCAUGCAAACAUGGCAGUGACCUGUAUGUUGUGGGUGGUCCCAUCCCACGACGGAUGUGGAAGUGUAACAUGGGGACAAUGGACUGGGAACAGUGCGCAUCAUUGCCAAGAGAUCGCCUUCAGCACACACUGGUAUCGGUGCCAAGUGAGGAUGCCAUUUAUUCACUUGGUGGGAAAACCUUACAGGAUACACUUUCCAGCGCUGUCAUUUAUUAUGUGGUCUGUGAUAAUGUGUGGGUUGAAACCAAUCAGCUGGACACUGCAGUAUCUUGUGCUGCUGGUGUUAACUUGAACGGGACUAUUUAUCUUCUGGGUGGGGAGGAGAAUGACCUGGAUUUCUUUACCAAACCAUCACGUCUGAUCCAGUGUUUUGAUACACACUCCAGAACAUGCCACUUAAAGUCAUACCUCCUCCCCUUUGCAGGCCGUAUGCACGCUGCCAUUCACAAGGAUUUGAUUUUUAUUGUAGCUGAGGGAGAUUCUUUGGUUUGUUAUAAUCCACUGCUUGACAGCUUCACCAGACUGCGCUUCCCAGAGGUUUGGAGUCGUGUACCUUCCCUCUGGAAGAUUGCUAGUUGCAAUGGGUGUAUCUAUGUUUUCAGAGAUAAAUGUAAGAAGGGUGAUGCCAAUACCUUGAAACUGAACCCAGCCACAUCCGUAGUAUCAGUAAUAAGUGGAAUUGAGAUUCUACUGACAAAUUGGCAAUUUGUUUUGGCAUGAUUUCAAAGCAUUCCUGAAAUUAAAACUUGCAGGACACUUUUACAUUGUGAACUUUUAUAAAGGUUCAUUGUCACAAUUUAAUUCAAUGCCAAUCCUUAAUUGUAUCAUCUAUUUUUCUGAAAACCAAUAGUGAUCAAAUGUCUAUUGCAUAUAACACAAGAAUGAGGUUUAACGGCAGUUUUUAGGUAUUUAGUUCAUUGGCCAUGGCAGAUUUUUUUUUAGAUACUACAUUUCAGAACAAAACUUAAAUACAAUAGUGUCUCAAAUCCAGCUGUUCAAAAACCAGAGUUGUUUGAAAAUCGGACACAUUUAGAAUGUACCAUGCAUCAAAUUUAAUUGAGUAAAAUAAAAGAAACUUAUCUAGCUCAUUUGGCUAGGCUCUGCAUUGGUAUAGUGUGGCACCUCACUAGUCAACCCCCUUGCCACUUGCACACUGGGCUAUUCCGCACGCUAAGCAGCCCUUGACCCCACCUGACCUAGUUUGACACCCAUGGUUCGAACAGCUCAGCCCAAAAUCAGGCAAGAUCUGAAAUCCAGCACAGCCUGGGUCCCUAGGUUGCUGGUUUUGAGACACUGUACCUGUACUUCUGUCUUAAUUUAAUAUGGAAUUGAUGUAAACACAAUUUAAUAAAUACUGCCUCACAAACUAUGUCAGCCCAUCUGAAAUUGAGCCAGAACUAGAAGGAUAGAGAGAGAUGACAUAAUUCUACAUAAAGGUGAGAGUGAUGUCCAAAAAACUUUUCAGUGAAGUAGGCGGCAACAUUUAUUGUAAAAUUAUGAUAUCGAUUCCUUUUGAAAAAGAUUAACCACACAGAAAUAAUGUACUUCUGCAAUAGAUGCUUUAACAAAUGUAUUCUUCUUGUUUUAAAUGUGAACAGGGAAGGUUUCCUUUGUGCCCUUGCAUAUGUAUAAUAAACUCGUUCUUAGUAAA